AUGCACCCCUCAUUUGGCGGCUUUAUAAAUGAUCCCACGGCUCAGCUCGGCUUCCAGAUGGGAAAGAGCGCCGUGGAUGCGGGACAGCAAUAUGUUGAGCAGAAUAUUGGACGAUUCGUAUCUGUCUCCGCCCUCAGACACUACUUCAAUGUCACGAACUCGUACGUCCUCACCAAACUGCGCAUCAUCCUCGUCCCGUGGUGGCAUCGCCCCUGGUCCCGCCAGCAACGCCAUACCUCUGAUCCCGCCGCCUCCUCGGCCGCCCUCCUCUACCAACCUCCUCGCGAAGAUGUCAACUCGCCAGACAUGUACAUUCCCAUAAUGGCCCUUGUCACCUACAUCCUGCUCUCGACGUUGCUGGCUGGACUGAGGGGUGCCUUCCACCCAGAGCUGCUGGGUUACACAGCCACUGUCGCAAUCUCCGUCACCCUGCUAGAGAUUCUCAUCAUACGCACUGGAACCUUUCUGCUCGCCAUUAGCAGCUCCUCGCAACUCCUCGAUUUGGUCGCAUACAGCGGCUACAAGUUUGUCCAUGUUAUUGUCUCGCUGCUUCUGACACACUUUGCCUCGUGGCUCGGCUUUGGCGGCACAAUGGUCAACUGGAUCAUCUUCCUCUACUGCUACAAUGCAAAUGCCUUUUUCCUCCUUCGCAGCCUGCGAUAUGUCCUGCUUCCCGACCAGACUGGCCAAGGAAACUUUGGAGGCCCCGCCCCCGGCGGAUACCCACCCAAGAACCAAAAGAACAGGCGGACCCAGUUUCUGUUCGUGUAUAGUUACAUUGUUCAGUUUGGCUUCAUGAUGUGGUUGACCAGGGUAUAA